GCCGCGGCCCCCGCGCCCCCCGCGCCCUCCGCGCCGCCACCGCCGCGGGCCCGAGAGAGCGCCGAGCUGCCGUUGCCCGCCGGCUGGGAGGAGGCACGCGACUAUGACGGCCGGGUCUUCUACAUAGACCACAACACGCGCCAGACGUCGUGGAUCGACCCCCGGGACCGGAUAACAAAGCCAUUGACCUUUGCCGAUUGUGUUGGGGAUGAACUUCCUUUAGGAUGGGAAACUGUGUAUGAUAAACAAAUUGGAAUUUAUUACAUGGACCACAUAAAUAAGCUCACCCAGAUUGAGGAUCCCAGAGAACAGUGGAGACGAGAGCAGGAGCGGAUGCUGAAGGAGUAUUUGAUUGUAGCCCAGGAGGCUCUCAAUGCCAAGAAAGAAAUCUACCAGAUUAAGCAGCAGCGGUUCGAGCUGGCCCAGGAGGAGUACCAGCAGCUGCACAAGAUGUGCGAGGACGCCAGCCGCUCGUACGCCAGCUCCUUUUCUGGAUAUUCAGCAAAUACAAAGUACGACCCAUACCAAAUAAAAGCAGAAAUAGCAAGUCGCCGGGAUAGGCUUUCCAGAUUGAAACGAGAGCUGACCCAGAUGAAGCAAGAACUGCAGUACAAGGAAAAGGGGGUGGAGACCCUGCAAGAGAUUGAUCGUAAGAUGUCAAGUGCUCACACCAACUACAAACUGGACGAGGCGCAGGCUAUAAUGAGCGAGCUCAGGACCAUCAAGAAAGCCAUUUGCACAGGCGAGAAGGAGAGGCGGGACCUGAUGCAGAGCCUGGCCAAGCUCACCGAUGGCUUCAAGAACAGCUUUUCUCUCAGCGACCCUCUGCAGGAGUUCCCGCACAAUCCAGGCGCGCUGGGCGACUCUUUGCCCCAACAGUUCUGUGACGCCGGCUCUCAGACGGACAUCAUCGGAGAGUUUGUUUUCGAUGAUAAAACAAGACUUGUGGACCGAGUCAGGCUUAACUGGCAGUAUGAGGAAGCCAGAAAGAGGGUGUCGAGUAUCCAGCAGCAGCUGGCCCAGCUCGAAGGCGAGUCCUGGCCGGGCAUGGCCGAGGCCGACAGGGACCGGCUGCAGCUUGUCAAAGAGAAGGAGGCCCUGCUUCAGGAGCUGCAGCUCAUCAUCCAGCAGAGAAGGCCGGCGGAGGACGUGGCGCGGCUGGAGGAGGAGCGGCGGCGCCUGGAGGAGGAGAUCCAGCGAGCACGGGCCACGUCCGCGCAGGGCGCCACGGAGAGGAUUCUCCUUCAGGAAAAAAGAAACUGUCUCCUGAUGCAGCUGGAAGAAGCUACCCGCCUAACGUCUUAUCUCCAGUCCCAGUUAAAGAGCCUGUCGGCCAGCACCCUGACGGUGUCCUCGGGGAGCAGCCGCGGCUCCCUGGCCUCCAGCCGGGGCUCCCUGGCCUCGAGCCGCGGCUCCUUGAGCUCCGUCAGCUUCACGGACAUCUACGGGCUCCCGCAGUACGAGCGGCCCGACGCCGAGGGCGGCCAGCUGCUGCGCUUCGACCUCAUCCCCUUCGACGCCCUGGGCCGAGACGCCCCCUUCGCCGAGGCCGCCGGGCCCUCGGGCUUCCAGAAGCAGCGGCGCUCCCUGGACACGCCCCAGUCCCUGGCGUCCCUGUCCUCGCGCUCCUCCCUGUCCUCCCUGUCCCCGCCCAGCUCCCCCUUGGACACGCCCUUCCUCCCGGCCUCGCGCGACUCGCCCUUGGCCCCGCUGGGGGACGGCGGCGUCGAGGGGCCCGGCCUGGGCGCCUUGGACCGGCUGCGGGCUCCGGCCUCGGCCCUGGGGGAGGAGGAGCUGCCGGGCCCGGCGUCCCUGCCGCCGCACGGGCUCCCCGGGGACGCGGAAGGACCUCGCGAGAGACAGCCCCAAGCGGCGGCUGCCGCUGCCGCGGGUGCAGCAGUGACUCUUCGAGAAGACAGCGCCAGGAGGCUGGAGCGGAGGGCGCGCCGUGUGUCCGCCUGCCUGUCUGACUACUCGCUGGCCAGCGACAGCGGGGUGUUCGAACCUCCCACCAAAAGGAGUGAAGAUGCUGAGGAGCCAGCACACGGGGACGCUGGCGGGAGCGAGGGCCCCCAGAUCCACGUAGGCUUCCUGCAUGACAGUGCCAACGAGUGUCUCCUUGUGAACGUGCUGCAGCUGAAGCACUUGGCCGGGCUGCUCGUGAGGGAAGACUGCAAAAUACACAUCCGCGUCUAUUUGCCACCGCUGGACUCGGGCACGCCCAACACUUACUGCUCCAAGGCUCUGGAACUCCAAGCCCCCCUGGUAUUUAACGAAGUUUUCAGAAUCCCCGUGCACUCGAGCAUGCUGACGUUGAAGUCCCUUCAGUUGUACGUGUGUUCCGUGAACCCGCAGCUGCAGGAGGAACUCUUGGGCAUCGCUCAGAUUAACUUGGCCGACUAUGACGGUUCAGGCGAUAUGCAGCUGCGCUGGUACCCGAUCCAGGUGUUCACCGGCCCAGAGCCGCCCCGGCGGGAGGAUGAGCGACCAGGGGACGGUGCAGCCCGGGACUCUGCACCCGCCACCUCUGGGAAGACGGACGCUGUGACCGUGCUGCUGGCUCGAACCACAGCCCAGCUGCAGGCGGUGGAGAGAGAGCUGGCCGAGGAGCGGGUGAAGCUGGAGUACACGGAGGAGGAGGUCCUGGAGAUGGAGCGGAAGGAGGAGCAGGCGGAGGCCGUGUCCGAGAGGAGCUGGCAGGCUGACUCAGUGGACAGUGGCUGUAGCAGCUGUGCCCAGACCAGCCCGCCGCACCCAGAGCCCUGCUGCGUUGGCGUCGACUCCAUCCACGGCCACAUGUUUGCUGGCCAGGCAGAUCCUUACAGCCCUGGGAAACUUCAGCCGCCACCGCGUAAGGUUGACAAGGAAACCAACACGGAAGACCUCUUCCCCGAAGAAGUAGCCAGUCUUCCGAAGGAGCGGCCCGGCCGCAGGGCCCGCGGCUCGCCCUUCGUUCGGAGCAGCACCAUCGUCCGUUCGCAGACUUUCUCGCCUGGAGCCCGAAGCCAGUACGUUUGCAGACUUUAUCGUAGUGACAGCGACAGCUCAACGCUGCCCCGGAAGUCCCCCUUUGUCCGAAACACUUUGGAAAGACGAACCCUUCGCUAUAAGCAGCCCUGCAGGUCCCCCCUGGCGGCGCUGGCAGCGCGCACGUCUCUUGACCUGGAGCUGGACCUCCAGGCGUCGCGGACGCGGCAGCGGCAGCUGAACGAGGAGCUGGGUGCCCUGCGCGAGCUGCGCCAGCGCCUGGAGGAUGCCCAGCUCCGUGGCCACGCGGACCUCCCGGCUUGGGUGCUGCGCGAUGAGCGCUUCUGGAACCUGCUGCGGGAGGCGGAGAGGCAGACGAGACAGACCAAACUUGACUUCCAUCAAGAACAGGCAGCUGAGAAGAUGCUGAAGAAGGCCUCCAAAGGGGUGUGCCAGCUGCGCGGGCAGAACCUCAAAGAGCCCAUCCAGGUGCAGACGUUCAGGGAGAAGAUAGCAUUUUUUACAAGACCAAGGAUUAACGUACCUCCUCUGCCCGCCGAUGAUGUUUGAUGUAGUACUUUGUACACAUGAAGUAUUUAUCCACCUGUUUUAUUUUCAUGAAGUUCUUAGACUAGCUCAAUUUGUCUUUAAAAUAUUUGUGCAAAGCUAUUAAUAUACACAUUUUGUAAAAAAAAAUAAAUAAAAACAAAACAUAUAUCUAUACAUAUAUAUUUUAUAAUAGUGACGGCAACAGGGCUUGGUUUUUCCUUGUUGUGAAAUUGACAUCUCUGAAGACAGGUUAUUUUAUAAAAGAUCAAUUAUCACGUUAAGAGUGUACAGUUUUUACGCUGUUUUAUUUGACUUAAAGGCUGGAAGACAGAAACGAAGUGAGUUCAGGUAAAUUCACUGUAUUGUAAUUUAUUUAUAGUACUUUUUUUCCUUGAAGGAAAUUACCGACUUUAAGAUGUAUUUUAAGACUGAGAUUUUGUUCUUCAGUAUUUGUCAUGCAGUAGAAUGGAACUUUGGGGCCGGUUCUGUUUCUCGCCCAAAAAGCAAACGGUCAGUGCUCGAUUGGUCACUCUCCCGUUUCUCCUCUGUGCAUUGAUCAUGUGUGUCGUACAGGCUCACCCCUCUGUGUUCUGUUAAGAGGCUGUUCGCAGGGUCCCGGCCCUAAGUCAGUGCCAUGGGCCCCUGGCAGAGCCGGGUCUCCACUGCGAGCUGCGCCCCGAGGGCCCCUCAUUUCCGUCUAGUCUCAUUGCGCCCCUUUGCAUGUUCACCCUGAGUCUGGAGCCGGUCAUAGAGCCCCCGGCGGCCUGGCCCAGUGGACGCCCCCACCACUUGCCCUUACCCGGCCUCGGGCAGCCUGGCCUUUCGAGUCUGCUCCGUCUGAUCCUGAGCUUGACAAAGGAGGUGGUGGUGGAGCUUCUGCUCUAGUGCUCUGCCGAGAAGGAGAAGGAAAAGAGACGUGGGAAGGCACAGUCUCAGUGACUCAGCGGAUCCGCUGACAGAUAAGUCACGACAUAGACCCAUAGCCUUUGAAGGCGCUUCUUUGAGGAAGCCAGCUUACGUGGGUAACUGCGGUUACCCAGCGAGUCACUUUCAGGAGAGUGUUUGCUUUCCAUCAAGCCCCCCACCCCCACCCCAUACUGGAGUCUUCCCCAUAUUUCUUCAGAAAUCAUAGAACCAGCUCAUGAAGACAGAAUGUUUAUGUCAUCCAACUGUCCCAGCCCUCCACAGUGCCCCCCGCUGUGGUCUGCCUCCUCCCCGUUUAUUACCAUGCAGUGCCCUCUCCUUCACGAGGCCCUGGGGAAGUAAACGAGGCAAGGCACAGCGAAUGGAAGAGGAAGCAGAACCUUCCUCCUCCGUCUUUCUGCCCCUCCCUUGGAAGUGCACCCCCUGCCCUUAAUCAGCAGCCUCUCUCCUCAUUAGUCUGUACCCUCCCCCUUGUAUAACCCGCCUUCCUUUUCACGUUUAUUACAAAUGAAUUUUGUAAAAGCAUUUCAUUGACAUGCGACCUAUCACGGACAGUGACGUUGUCAGUCGGUGAUGGUAAGACUGAAAACUUUGUGCUUUUUUCACAGUCGUCACUUCUUGCUAUGUAUUUCUGCCUCUAGUCUUGAUUUUUUUUUUUCUUUUUUUUUUUUUUUGCUAAUUUCCCUGUAUACAGACCCACAACAGAGGUAGGUAGAGACACACACGCAGCAUCAGUGCUUGCCAGGAGUGCCCCGUGGGAGACAGCAUUGCUGAGCAGGUCAGGAUGGUGGCAGGCCUUCUCUGUCCCAGCUGUUGAGACUUUAAACUUUGGCCCUCUCUGUCCCAGCUGUUGAGACUUUAAACUUUGAUGAAGUGUCUGCCACUGGACUCUGGGGUGUGUGGAAAGCAAAUUAUUGCUGUCUCAGGUGCUUGGCUUGCGGGGCAUGGGAGAGGCCCCUCAGCUGCGAUGCCUGGCUGCUUUUUAGCCAAUGCCACGUGAAGCUCUAAGUGGGUUGGAGGGUUGAGGCAACUUUUCCUGCCAACUCCCAUGAGCUGGCACUGUGGAGAAACCCACCAUGCCAAUACAGAAAGCCCACAAGGGUUUUCAAAUAAGUGUCACUGCCCAGUAGAUAAGAGAUUUCCGUUUGAAGUACUUCCUUACCCCAGAGUUUAAAAAGAAAAAGAAAGGAGGAGAUCCCACCUUUGCCCCCCCCCACCCUCCCCGGAGCAAAUGCAGCUCCUUCAGCUCAAGGAAUGCUGUGUUUUUGCCUUUCCCUUCUGCCUCCGUCCGCAUCUGUCUGCUUCUGCACCUGGGUGGGACCAUUGCAAGCAGGGAAAGAAAAGCCAGACAGAUGAAGGCAGUAGGACACAAAGCAUCCUAACUGGCUUCUCUUUCGUGACUUGGUUUUGCAGCUUCCAACUAGUUCAGACCGCCACCUCCUGGAAAAUAUCCCACAUGUCAGAAAAGUGAAGUCCUAGCGUCUUAAGGGAUAUUUUCUUAGGUUUAAGUUUGUCCCUAACUGUGCCUUGUGAUAAGAAAACUGCCAUGUUUUAUCAGCAGUUUUAGUCCAGAGACAAUCUGAGUCUGCCACCAGGGCCCUUUAGAAACAGUACAAUGAGUAAAAGGGAAUUUGAUUUUCAUCUUGGCACUGAAUUGUCCCCGUUGAAAUGAGUGAUCUUCUGUUGUGGGAAUGAGUUAUAAUCAGUAUUCAUCUCUAUUUUUGUCACUGUUCUAAUUGUGUCAUUUGUAUCGUUUGAAAAUAUUUCUUCUUUAAAAUUAAACUAACCUGCCUUAAGAACAAAAUGGAAA